CUCUCCCUUCCCUAAUCCCCCUCUCUUCUCCAUCCAAAUUCCCACCUUCCUCCCUUUCCUUCCUUCCCCCUUUCCUUCCUUCUGCACCGAAGGAAGCCCCCGCUUCGCAAGCCACCUCUCGGUAAAGUUCGCUCCUUUUUGGGUCGGCGAAUCUUGGGUCGAUCGAUGGCUUCGAGGAAGGAGGUGGAUCGGAUCAAGGGACCGUGGAGCCCCGAGGAGGACGAGGCCCUACGCCUCCUGGUGCAGAAGCACGGCCCCCGGAACUGGUCCCUCAUCAGCAAGUCCAUCCCCGGGCGGUCCGGCAAGUCGUGCCGCCUCCGGUGGUGCAACCAGCUCUCCCCGCAGGUGGAGCACCGGGCCUUCACCCCGGAGGAGGACGACAUCAUCGUCCGCGCCCACGCCCGGUUCGGCAACAAGUGGGCCACCAUCGCCCGCCUCCUCUCCGGGCGCACCGACAAUGCCAUCAAGAACCACUGGAACUCCACCCUCAAGCGCAAGUGCUCCCCCCCGCUCUCCCCGCUCGCCGAGGAAGGGAACAACAGGGCGUUCGACGCUGCCGCGGGGUACGACGGGGACUUGAGCCCGCGGGAGCGGCCGGCGAAGCGGUCGGCCUCCGCCGGGCCUUGCCUGAGCCCCGGCAGCCCGUCCGGAUCCGGCAUGAGCGACUCCAGCGUGCACUUCGUGUACCGGCCCGUCGCGAAGACCGGCCCCGUGGUGCCCCCGACGGUCGAGGCGACGGCGGCGGCGGUCUCGUCCACCGAGGAUCCGCCGACGUCGCUGAGCCUGUCGCUCCCGGGGGCCGCGGACCCGUGCGAGGUCUCGACCCGGGUCGCGGCCGAGCCGGCUCAGCCGGCGACGCGCCCGAUCUCCUUACUGCCCAUGGCGUCAGAUCCCGCUCCGACGCCGGCGUGCGCUCCGCCGCAGGCGGUGGCGCUGCCCGAGUACCCAAGGUACAGCGGCAACAACAGCAGCAGCAGCAUCUUCCCUUACCCGCCUCCGUCCCCAAGGGUCGGAGCCGACUUCUCGCCGUUCAAGGCGGAGUUCAUGGCGGUGAUGCAGGAGAUGAUAAGGGCGGAGGUGAGGAACUACAUGGCGGGGAUGUGCUCGCAGGCCGCGGCGGCCGACAUAAGGAACGCCGUCGUGAAGCGAAUCGGGAUCGGGAAGAUCGAGUGAAGACAACGACAGAGAGAAGAAGAACCGGGAUGAUGAUUUCUUAGUUGGUUGGCGGCGGCGGCUUCGGAGAAAAAAAGGAGAAGUCGAAAUGCGAAGAGGAGGAGGAGGAGGCGAGGAGAUGGAGAAAACUGGGACUCUGUUUUUCCACCCCUUUUUUUUCUUUAUUUUUAUUUUAAGUAGAGUAAAAAAGAAAUAAUUUUGGCCGAUGUACAGUGGGAAAAGAACUAGGGAGAGGAGGGAGACUCAGCGAAACCUCUGAUCUGUCUCCUCUUCAGGCCUUUGGCUGAGAAAAAAGGCGAAGGAGUAGAAACAAGAAAAUGUGAAAAUCUCAAAACUCGAAAAACCAAAAAAAAAAAAGAAAGUAACUUUUAUGAGUUUAAUUCCUCUAAGUUCUUUGUUCUC